ACAGAUACAUAAUUUCAGCACCCGGAAAAGUUAUUUUAUUUGGAGAACACGCGGUUGUUUAUGGCAAGACGGCAAUAGCUGGAAGCCUUGACAAAUUACGAACGUAUGCGUUCUUUGAAAAACGGAUAGAUGGAUAUCUUGAGUUGAACUUAACAGAUCUCGGUCUUCAACGCGCCUUCUUGUGGCCUGCCUCCGCAUUACCCUAUAAUUUAGUAAAUAAUGUUGAUGUCAAAGAAGAACGUCAGAAAUUGAAAUUUAAUGAAGUGCUUUUACAUAAAAUCAAAUCAAUCGCGUUUGACGGACAAGAUAAUCAAGAAAUUAAUAAUUUCCAACAAAUUGCAGCUUUCGCGUUUCUUUAUUUAUAUACAUGCUUGGAAUAUAAUUCACAAACUUCAUGGAGUGGAAUGACAAUUCAUGUUAAAUCGAAUAUACCAGUUGGGAAAGGAUUAGGGUCAUCUGCCUCAUAUUCAGUUUGUUUGGCUACAGGAUUGUUACUUGCUUUUGGUCAUAUUUCGUCACCUCGUGAAAGUAAUGAACAAGACAUUAAAAAAACGUGGGAAUUGAUUAAUUUAUGGGCAUAUCAAGCCGAAAAAGUUAUUCAUGGAACACCAUCUGGUGUUGAUAAUUCUGUAGCUACUUAUGGAGGCGUUAUAAUGUUUACUAAUGGUGUGAUUCAAAAUAUAAUGGGCACACAGUCUUUACGCUUCUUAUUAACCGAUACCAAAGUACCACGCAACACAAAAAUUCUAAUAGAAAAUGUUAGAACAAGGAUUGAAAAUGUAAAAGGCGUACUUUCCUUUAAUAAAAUGUUUCCAAAAAUUGGUAAUUUGAUAUUGGAUGCAAUUCAUGGUGUUAGUGAAUCAUUUAAAGAAAUUUUGGAAAAUGAAAUAAGUCACCCAAGCCUAGAUAAAGUUAGAGAAAUAGCUGCACAAUGUGAUUUGCAUACAAAACUUACAGGUGCUGGCGGAGGAGGAUGUGCACUAACCUUGAUUCGUAAUGAUGUAUCCAAAGCACAAAUCGAAAUUGUCAAGGCGGCACUGACCGCUUCACCGCAUUGUUUUGAAUGUUAUGAAACGUCAAUCGGAGGACAUGGAGUUGGGGUGCUGGAUGCAAGUAGUGGUAUGAACUUACAGGAAUUCUCGGAAUGCGAAAAGAAUCAAUUGGCAGAAAUCAUCGGAUGGAUGUACUUUGCCUAA